AUCCCUGCAACCUCAACCGCGUGGUGAUCUUUCAAGGUUCUGUCGCUUUUGCACGAGAGAAAAAUGCCGUCAAGAGAACUCUCCGAAUACGAAAAGCUUCGGCUGAAGAAUAUCGAAGAUAACAAGAAAAUACUUGCACAACUGGGACUUCUAAAUCCGUUUAAACCUCUGCCAAGAAUUGUGACAGGUGGAGUUAAAAGAAAAAGGCCGCAAUCAAAUACACCAACUAAAAAGAGAGUUAUUGAAGAGACAGACAAAGAAUAUGGCUCAGUGCACGAGGUGGGGCGGAGAAGGCGCUCAUUAAGAGUACGAGGAAAGACUCCAGAAGAGACUGCAGAGCUUGAAGAUGAAGAAGAUGAGGAAUAUACCCCAAAGAAAAUCUACCCAAAAAGAGAGAAUUCAUAUGGAGCAAUUGAAGGUGUGGAUGUGGGAUUUAUAUGGGAGACAAGGAUGGAAUGUUCAAGAGCUGGCAUACAUAGGCCUCCUGUGUCAGGAAUUCAUGGCGGUGAACACGGUGCUUACUCCAUCGCCCUGUCAGGGGGCUAUGACGAUAACGUGGACUUGGGAGAGUGCUUCACCUACACAGGAGAGGGCGGGAGAGAUCUUAGAGGCACCAAGGCCAAUCCCAAGAACCUGCGCACUGCCCCCCAGUCCAAGGACCAGACACUGACCCGCGGCAACCUGGCCCUGUAUAACAGCGUGGAGAGUGGUCAUCCUGUCCGUGUGAUCAGAGGGUACAAACUGACCAGCUCGUUUGCCCCAGAAGAGGGCUACAGAUAUGAUGGUUUGUACACUGUCACCAAAGCAUGGUUCUCUACUGGAGUCUCAGGAUUUGGUGUCUGGAGAUUUGCCUUGAAGAGAUGUCCAGAUCAGGCACCACCUCCAUGGACACUCACAUAUGCUGAAAGUCCAUCCAAGGAUAAACACAAGGAUGUGGAAGAAACUGAUCCCUCAGCACAUCAGCAAGAAAUAUCUGCUCCAGAUGCCUGUGAUGAAGAAGCUGCUGGCACUGCUACUACUAAAAUUUUGGAAAACCAGGAUGUUGGCAAAGAUGACACUAAGGAUGGAGACAAAGAUGACAUUACUGCUGAUACAGAUGUUGACAAGGAUGGUGACACUGAAAUCAAGGACCAUGACAAUGACAGCAAGAGUGACAUCAGUGAAGGUGACAGCAAUGGCAGUCCCACGUCAAGUGAAGUGGAUAAAGAAUUUGAUCAGGUUGAAGACGCAGCACCACACUCGCCUCCUUCUGAGAGUGAUAGCAGAGAUUCUGAAUUGAGCGAGGCUAGUCGCUAAGUUUAUGAAGAAACUACAGGAUGAGAUUGUAAAUACAUACCUGAGAGUAAACUUUUUAUAUCUUUUUGUAUAUAGAUUGUUAUGAAAUAGAACUGAAGGAAAAUUCUUAUUGACAUGUACUGUAUAAUGCUGUUUUUCUUGGAAAAACUGAAACACACCUGCCAUAUUUUUCUGAAAAUGAAAUUUGAUGUUGCAAUAACGUGAAGGUAACUUUGACUACUACAGCAAGUAAUGCUGCUUUUACAACUGAAAUUUUUGGGUACUUUGCAAAUACGAUGAAAUCGCAAUAUUUUAUGCGGCAAUUUUUUAUGACUUUUUUCAGUGUGCAGCUUGGUGCUUUAAUGACAAGGUUUUCUUGAUGCAUCUCAGCUGUAUUGUGACUGGUGCAUCACAUAUUUCGAAAGCUUUAUUUUGUUACAUAUGUAGUUUUGAUGACAGAACACAUUCAUGACAUAGAAUUUUGUUAUUAUUUUAAAAAUCUGAAUUCUGAGAAUGAAAAUUUCAACUAUGCAUAGGUCUGAAGUCAAAGGAUUGCCAUUUUUAUUUUUAUAUAUUAUAUAAAUAAUUAUAAAGGUUUUGUUGAUUAAAUGUUAUGCUUAUUUUUUAUAAACUUUGCAGUAAAUGCGGCAAUUCAUUGUCAUAGUGAUGACUUGAAAUGUUAUAACUGUUAUAAAAUAUUAAUUAAUAUACUUAGUGUGUA